AUGCAUUCAUUACAUCUUCUUCCCAAAUUCCCAUCGGUCGCCAUAAGAGGCUCACUGUCGCAGUCCAUAUCUUUAUGCACACCGCAUACAUUACGGCGUUUCAAAUCGUCGUCGGAGCGUGGUGUCAAGCAGGGAACAGACUACAGUCGCAUCAGAAACGUAUCCUAUGCAUUUGACCCGGUAAAAUCCCAAACCAGUCAAUUUUCGGAUGGUCGCUUUGGUUUUCUCACCUGCAACAACGUUGCCAACCUACCCGAACUACAACAUGUGAACUGCCUCGUCCCAUCCGCUCUGAAAGUUCCAUGGAUUACAAGAUUCCCUGGCUCGCUGCAGUCCAAGUACUGGGCCGAAGCGGAAGCCGCGGCAAGAGAUCUGAUACGGAUUAUAUUCACCAAGCACCCCCAAAACAUCUCGGAGAGGUAUAUCGAAGCCAUGAUUGACGCGGCUGUUUCGUUUACUGUGAACGUCGCCCCAAUGGGCAAUCUAUCCAGGACAACGUCUCUGGCACAGGCGUAUAUACUCGUGUUCCUGCAUGAUGAUGCUGUUGAAUCCAGAAAUUUCGACGCCGCUAUCCCUAGGGAGUUUGACGAAAGCGACGGGCAUACGUACGCUGGAUUCGAGAAGGUCAGUCGGGAUAUCCUGCGUGAAGAUCCUGCUCAAGGGAAGCGAUUUCUGGAAGGUAUCGUAUCGUGGGGGACUUUGCCUCAAACAAUCCAACCAGAUCAAACGUUCGCAACGCUUGCGGACUAUGUGUUGCAUCGAGUAGAGGACGUCGGAGCUGACCCUGUGUUUCGCAGCGUGGAGUUUGCCUCGGAUAUCGACGUAACAGAAGAGGACGAACAAGUUGUAGAACGUGUGAAAUCCUUGUGCGCAAAACACUAUGCACUGGCCAACGACUUGUACUCCUAUCCAAAGGAGGCUUUCGCCCAACAGGAACACGGGGAACCUCUUCUCAAUGGGGUCAAAGUGGUGCAGGAUCUGAUGAAUGUGCCUCCUUCCUCAGCCAUGUCAAUAUUGCGCUGGAUCAUCCUCGAUCUUGAGCGGGAGAUGAGCGAGGAAUAUGAGCGACUUUCGAAGGCAGAGAGUACUACGCAUGUCCAGUUGAUCUAUGCCAGGGCAUUGAUCAUCGCUGUAGCAGGGAAUAUGUUUUACUCAGCUACCAGUUAUCGUUAUGCCAGAUUCAUCGAGGGAUCUGAAGUUGUACAAUAG